GAUUCUUAAUUAAUGUUUGAGAGCUUUGUCCGUGAUUGCGGAAAGAAAAUUUCUGCAGUUCCCAAUGUCUCUCCUUCGUUGUUCCAGGCGCAUGGCAAAAAGAAAGUACAAAUUUCUGAGAUUGCAAAAUUCUUAUUGGCAAUUUUUUUAAAUAGAUACUUUUUCGUUUGCAGUAGAUGUUCGUAAAGGAUUUAAAAGAGUUUUUUGGUAAAGAAUUUUGUAACUUUACUGAUUGUGAGAAACACAAAAAGUGUUCGAGAAAACACUUAUAUUCUGUGUAUAUUAUUGUAUUCUCAGUUUGUUUCAUAUUGUUUAUAUUAUUGUAUUCUCAACAAAGUAUCAAGCUUUCGCGCGCGAGUCUCGUGACGGCUUUGGUCUGCGCGAUCUCGUGAUAAAAACUGAUAAAUAUAUUACCAGUGCCAUCUUCAAACAGACAGCGUAUAUUGUCCGCGUAUUAAUUUUUUUAUUAUACAAUGAAUUGGAAAAAAUAAGUGAUAAUGCGGCAAAAAUUGCACAAGUUUGUCGCUCUGCACAGUUUAAUUAUUUCUCGUCCUAACCUGCUAAAAAUUGCCAAGUACACAAACUCGAAUUGCGAUAUGGCAACGAACGCGAAAUUCGCAUCAGAGGUCAAAUCUGAUUUGAAGGAUAUUUUUCGCGCUGCCGUGAAAGCGGUGUCGCCAAAUGAGAUUGUAAGAAGGAAAGUAAAAUUUCGCGACAACACUUUGUACAUAAACGAGAAGAGUUUUCAUCUUCGGGAGAACGUUUACCUCGUCGGAUUUGGCAAAGCGGUUAUGGGAAUGGCGCAGGAGUUUGAAAAAUUACUUGGUAACGUUUUGAAAAAGGGUAUUGUCAGCGUACCGAGUGUGUCGAAGGAUGCCGUAUGGACGUCCGAAGACCCAUCUGACUUUCCUAAAUUGCACAAUAGCGUGAUAGACUAUCGCGAGGGAGGUGUCAACAAUCAGCCGGAUGUUAGGUCAUUGAACACCACGCACGAUAUUAUAGACUUGGUUGAAAAUCUGAAAGACACGGAUACUCUGAUAGUGUUGAUAUCGGGCGGAGGAUCCGCGCUGUUGUACAUGCCCAGACCUGUCCUCGAUCAGGACGACAAGCUCGAACUCUGUAAAAAACUUCAAAAUGCAGGUGCCGAUAUCACCGAGCUCAAUACAGUGAGAAAAAAGUUGUCUCUCGUCAAAGGCGGCGGUGUAGCGAGAAUGGCUUAUCCCGCGUCUGUGAUUACAUUGAUACUGUCCGAUAUCGUCGGCGAUCCUGUGGACCUGAUUGCCAGCGGCCCAACCGUUUACAGCGCAAAAGCGCCGGAAAAUGUUAUCGCUAUAUUAAAAAAGUAUCAUUUGUACGAAUCGUUGGACAGUAAUUUGAAGAAAUUUCUAUCGUCCAAAGAGACAUUUCGAGACACCAGACUAUUGACGCGGGCUAAACAGUUUAAACACGUGACGAACAUAAUCUUAGGAAACAAUACAACAGCUCUUGAAGCCGCAAGUUUAGAAGCGUUGCGAAAAAAAUGGACUCCAAUAAUAUUAAAAAAUGAUAUUACUGGAAAUGUGCAGGAUGUCAGUUUGGCGUAUGCUCGUGUAGCAAGUUUAAUUUGUCUCUUUUGGUCAAAGGAAUUGGAGAGAGAAGUGUUCUAUGACAGAAUGCGAACUGUGCCUGCGCUCCCGUUAACCGUUGAUAAAAUAGACGAAAUUUUUCAUUGUAUCACCAAUAACUUUGAUGGUCUACUUCUGAUUGGAGGAGGAGAGCCCACAGUUGUGGUAAGAGGUCAAGGAAAAGGCGGUAGAAAUCAAGAGCUGGCUUUACGUUUCUCAUUGGACUGGUUGGCGGAGAUUAAAAGUUAUCCGCAACUUGUUGACUUUGAUGUGAUAAUACUUAGCGGAGGAACUGACGGUCAAGAUGGACCUACUGAUGCAGCAGGUGCGUUCGGUUAUCCUGCCAUCGCACCAAUUGUGCAUGAUCUUUACGCAGAAGUCAAAUCUACAAUUGAUAGAAACAUUUUGACGCGAGAUCAAUGCAAAACCCAGCAAAUGAGUGUAUCAAAUACCAAAUUGCACGGACAAAAAAACUUAAAUACAACAGAAGUGUCUACUUCUGCUACGGGUGAUAGCAAUCAAAAUCUGGAUUGUUCGGUUUUAACAUUAAUGGAAGUAGAACGCAUGUUGCCUGAAAACACUUUGAAAGAGAACGACACUUACAAUUUUUACUCACGUUUCAAAAAAGGAGAGGACUUAAUAAAGACAGGAAUUACAGGAACCAAUGUUAUGGACUUGCAUCUUAUUUAUAUUAAAAAACGUCGUUGUCGGUGCGAACAUGAGCUUAAGUCUCUGGACAAAUCAGAGAGCAAAACAGAUGGUUUGGAUGCGCAUGACUUGCAUAUAGAUAAAACGACCAUCGAGAAGUACAAGACUAUACGUGCAUCUUCUAAAUCUGUUGAAGAUUUUCUGCAAACUCUACACUUGACUGUCAAAACUGAAGAGAACGAACCAUUUCUUAAUAUAAAGAUUAUAGAUGACAGUUUUACAGAGCCUUGUUGUAAUAAAAAGAAAACAUGAGCUUGAUCAGGCAGAAAAUUAUAUAAAGAACAUAUGUAUAUAAAACUCAUUAGGUCCAUCUUCUUCUUCCACACGAAAGCCAAAUUCAUCAAAUCUAAAGCGACCCAACACUUAUAAGCACAACUUCAGAAGAAUCUUCUGUGUUAUUUCAAGUGCAUAAAUUUUACCUAUAUUCAGGCUGCGAAUUUGGAUCGUCGGGUUGAUUCAAUUUAGCUAGAAUGUCUUGUGGCCACAUGGAUGGAGUUAAGGCUGAA